AUGGAGGGGCGUAUGAAGAAGAAUAGACAAGUGAGUCCUGAGAGGGCUAAAGUUUGGACUGAGAAAUCACCGAAAUAUCACCAGAAUCUUAAGGUGCCUGUGGUGUAUUAUCUAUGUCGAAAUAGGCAACUAGAACAUCCUCAUUUCAUGGAGGUUUCACUUUCUUCUUCUUCAGAUGGGUUGUAUUUGAGAGAUGUGAUAGAUAGACUAAAUGCUUUGAGAGGUAGAGGCAUGGCUUCCUUGUAUUCAUGGUCUUGUAAGAGAAGCUACAAGAAUGGAUUUGUGUGGCACGAUCUUUGUGAAGAUGAUCUAAUUCUACCAGCCCAUGGAAACGAGUAUGUCCUCAAAGGCUCAGAGCUCUUUGAUGAAUCCAAUUCAGAUCGGUUCAGUCCCAUUAACGAUGUUAAGAUACAAAGCGUGAAGCUGUUGCCAGGGCCAGCUUCUUGUCGGAGUCACGAUGAAGCUUCCUCCUCUUGUAGCAUGAAUGGAAAAGAAACAAGACACUCUCAGGACGACGAACCUUCCCAAGAACAACAUACGGGUUCAUCUGAUGUUUCUCCGGAGUCGAGAGCUGAAAAGAGCGGUCCAGCAAGCUUAGCAUUGACAGAGUACAAAAUUUUUAAGACAGACGGAUUGGCAGAUGCUUCAACUCAAACAGAAGAAAAUAUCAGCAGAUCCAGAACUCGGAAAACUUGCACAAGAGGUGUAUCAACCGAUGACGGGUCGCUAGAAUCCGAAUGCCGUGAAAUAUGUCCAACCGAAGUUCCACAAGUGAAACAUAAUCCAGAAAUCUGCAAAGAUACGAUUUCUCCUUCAACCACGAAUUCAAGUCCUUUAUCUUUUGGAGGGAAGAUGGAAACUUUGGAAUCUUUGAUUAGAGCUGAUGCUAGUAAAGCGAACAGCUUUCGGAUUCCGGAAGAGGAAGAUAUUCCUAUGCCAACCAAUACAAGAGCGAAGGCCUCAAAUUUGCUGAUGCAACUGAUAUCUUGUGGCUCAAUAUCGGUGAAAAACCACAGUUUUGGCCUUAUUCCUUCCUAUAAGCCUAGGUUUUCGCAUUCAAAAUUCCCUUCGCCGCUGUUUUCAACUUCUUUCGUGUUAGGAGAUUUUGAUUGCUUAGCAGAGAAUCCAAAGCUGAUGAAUCUUAGAUUGGAAGACAAGGAAUGUUUUAGUGGGAGCUUAAUCGAGACUAAAUUGAAGGAGGCUGAUGCGCAUAAUGCUCUCAAACGCUCUUCUUCUUAUAACCAUGAGCGGACAAGUAAAGAAGAAAAACCAAUAGACGACAAAGAGGAACCAUCCCUGGGACCAAUCAAAGAGGAUAGAUUCAUUUCGGGAAGACGAGGUGAUCAGAAUCGAAGAAAGCUUGCCUCAGGAGCUCGGGUUAUAAUCCAAUCUAAACCUUUCUGCGACACCGCGUCCGGUAGCCGAUAA